AUGAUGGUAGCCAACGAGCCCGGUCCCAGCAGGGCCUCGGAGAUCCAGGUACCUACCAUUAUCUUCCUCAUCAUCAUGCCCCUCUUCGUUGUGACCCGAAUAUGGUCUCGUGUCAAGACAAAGUCAGGCCUGGGCUGGGAUGAUUGGACAAUUCUGGCUUCUGCGACAUGCGCGAUCGUGGUUAUGGCAUUGAUGCUGGCAUCGUGUGCCUAUGGCUUUGGUCAACAUAUCAGAAACCUCGCCAAACCAAAUCGAUUGAUGACCCUAAAGCUGUUUUUCAUCAGUCAAGCUUUCUACAAGCUUACAAUCAAUUUGACGAAGAUGUCCAUCCUAUUACUCUACCUACGAAUAUUCAUCCAGCGAUGGUUUCGCAUAGUUUGUUUCACCCUCCUGAUCAUCAUUUCUUGCUACAUGAUAGCUGCACUGUUUGCGUCCAUCUUCCAAUGCACGCCAGUCGCGCGAGCCUGGGACAAGAGCAUUGCAGGACACUGCAUCAACAUCACCACCAAUUGGUACGCCAAUGCGGGAUUCUCCAUUGCGACUGACCUUAUGAUAUUGGCGCUUCCAAUGUAUCCCAUCUAUCACUCGAAGAUGGCUGUGAGACGGAAGAUCGCGUUGAUGAUGGUCUUUGCCUUUGGCAUGUUCGUGGCUGUUACGAGCAUAUUGCGUAUGCAGACUCUCGAUUUUUCGUCAACCAGCCCUGAUACGACCUGUAUGUCUUCUCCCGAACUAUUCAAAGACCUUUCUCAUAUGAUAUUUUCGGCCGAGCUAAACGAUGAUGUCGCAGACGAUCUCACUUCCUCCAUGUGGACAAUUGUCGAAGAGAACAUUGCAAUCAUCUGUGCGUGUCUGCCCAUGAUGUGGGCUCCACUGGCCAGGCUCUUCCCUUCAUGCCUCUCAAUCAGCAGAAAGACGGAAAAUUCAAUGAGCCUUUCUGCUCGAACCCCCAAGGCGAGUCGUGCAUCGCAGUCUCACAGGCACUGGCAGAGUCAUAGUGAUUCUCAAGAUAACAGAAGCAGUAAUCACCUAGUGAUUCCUGACGAUUCUCGAUACCGUAUUUCAGGUGAAAGUGAAGAUCGGAUUCUCCCCUUCGAUGGGGCGGGGGAACCGGGGGACUCAGACAAGCAAGGCAUACGAAAGGUCGUGCAUUAUCAAGUCUCUUCUACGAAUAAAACCUGA